AGGGAGCGGCAGCGCAACUCACGCCGGCUGGUCCUAGAUGAAGGACGUUCUAGCCGACCCCCUACUCUAUGGUAGGGCCCUCCGCAGUCCGGCUUCCGGGCGCCGCCAUGUUGGAGCCUCAGUACGAGAGCCAUGGCUGCGAGCGCACGACCGGUACCCGGACCCGGGCCAGCUCCGCUGAGCACAUGCUGGAGGUGCGGCCGGGGCUGUUCCUGGGUGGAGCUGCGGCAGUCGCGGAGCCGGACCACCUGAGGGAGGCGGGCAUCACGGCCGUGCUGACGGUGGACUCGGAGGAGCCCGACUUCAACACGGGGGCUGGGGUCGAGGGUCUACGGAGUCUCUUCGUGCCAGCGCUGGACAAACCCGAGACCGACCUGCUUACCCAUCUGGACCGGUGCGUGGCCUUCAUCGGCCAGGCCCGCGCCGAGGGCCGCGCGGUGCUGGUGCAUUGUCACGCAGGGGUCAGUCGAAGUGUGGCUGUAAUGACUGCUUUUAUGAUGAAGACUGACCAACUUACCUUUGAAAAAGCCUAUGAAAACCUUAAGACUGUCAAACCAGAGGCUAAGAUGAAUGAGGGGUUUGAGUGGCAACUGAAAUUAUACCAGGCAAUGGGAUGUGAAGUAGAUACCUCUAGUGCAAUUUAUAAACAGUAUCGUUUACAAAAGGUUACAGAGAAGUAUCCAGAAUUGCAGAACUUACCUCAAGAACUCUUUGCUGUUGACCCAUCCGCCAUUACACAAGGAUUGAAAGAUGGGGUUCUCUACAAAUGUAGAAAGUGCAGGCAAUCUUUAUUUCGAAGUUCUAGCAUUUUGGAUCAUAAUGAAGGAAGUGGUCCUAUAGCCUUUGCCCACAAGAGAAUGACACCGUCCCUCAUGCUUACUACAGGGAGUCAGGCUCAAUGUACAUCUUAUUUCAUUGAACCUGUGCAGUGGAUGGAAUCCACUUUGUUGGGAGUGAUGGAUGGACAGCUUCUUUGCCCCAAAUGCAAUGCCAAGUUGGGUUCUUUCAAUUGGCAUGGUGAACAGUGCUCAUGUGGUAGAUGGAUAACACCUGCUUUUCAAAUACAUAAGAAUAGAGUGGAUGAAAUGAAAAUGCUGCCAGUUUGGGGAUCACAAACAAGAAAAAUAUGAACUUGCAACAUUUGAUAACUUGCUGAUGAUAUGUGCUACCCUUGCUUAUUGUCAUUCAUGGAAGAUUGUUUAGUUUUAGGCCAUUAACAUUUCAUUUGAAAUAUGAGAAGAUAAAAAUCAUUUGAUGUUACUUAGAAACUAUACUUUGUCAGCUUCUUACACUAUUUAAGUAGAAUGGAAAUCAAAACCUUUUAAUCAUGUAAAUUAUACUUUAUUUGAUAUUAAAAUCUUUUAUAGCCCAGAUACUUUCUUUAUUUCAUAUAUAUUUAAAAGUUGUGAUUUUUGGAAUGUUAGUUAUAUAAUCUUAAGGUCUAGUUGGACAAAAUUAUGUAUAAAAAUUAGAAACUGUCAUGUUUAAGUGACAUUCUUUUAUUUCUAGAAAUGUAAAGCAGAUUUGUUUGGACAUAUUUUGACAUUUCUCUUUCUCUCUUUUAAGGGACAUUAGUAAAGCUACAUUAGUCUGGGUUUUUCUUGGAAAUGUAGAAGAAAAGGACAUCAGUAAAACAGGGACUAAAAUGUGGUUUUCCUAUGAUACUUUUUGAAGUAGUCUACCUAAAGAAAUGUAUUAAUGUUAGGUAUAUUUCUAAUGAUGAAGAAAAUUAAAUGUGGAGUAACUACAUAUCAAUCACCUUUUUUAGCCCAAUGUGUUAGUGUAUUGGAAAAGGUAAUAUGUCCAGAUUAGCUUUUUAAUGUGAUCUCUGGAGACUGGAAUUUAUUUUACUCAUUGAUAAUAGUUAGCAUUAUACCUAAUUAGAUACUUGAACAUUUACAUGAAAUCAGAAUUAGCUAAUAAGGAGAAAUAUAGUCCAUGUUCUUAAUACGUUUUUCAUAUUUACACAUGUGAGUGUAUAUGUACAUAAACACCAAAACGGGAGUUAUUUUAAAUGCAAAAAAAUGUGAAUAAUGAUCCUCUUUAAAAGUGUGCAAGUGUUAUAGAUGAUUCUUGAGAAUAUCUCAGCAUAGGACCUGAAGCCUUUGGCAGCUUUCGUAUAAUAAAUUUUUCUUAGGAGAAAAAAUUUCUCCAUUUCUGUCUUAGCUUUCACAAUAUCUGUUUACUUCUUUACUUUGUAAUGUUAUACUCCAGAAAGCUUUUUAAAAACAAUGAGGUUGAACCAUAUGAAAGUGCCUCUUUGUAGGUGAAAAGUAAUUGAGUAGCAGCAGUUUUGUAUAUGGUUCAAGCUAAUACCUAUCCAUAACACUGGCAUCUAUCACAGAGAAAAUGACAUAGAUUUUAUGUGAAUUUAUAUAAUUGUUAAAUCAGUAAAUAUUUACUAAGCACCUUUUAUGUACAUGAUUCUAGGUGAUACAUUGAACAAACUAGAUAAAACCUCUGCCUUGUAAUUUAUAUUCUGGCCAGGAGACAUUGACAAAAUAGUAUCUUUUUUGAAAGAUAAUUGAUAUUUGCCAAUGAGGAAUGAUUUUGGGAUACUUGACUUUUCUUUAUGUAAAUUUUGAAGUUUUGUGAAACAUCCACUAAGCAAGAUUUUUAGAUUUAAGGUCUUUUAAUGUUUUAUUUUGGGGGUGGGGUAAAUCCAUUAUACCUUUGUUCUCAAAAUAACAAAAAAGGAAUCCUUUCUUUUUAAUAUUUAGGAAUAUCAAUGUAAAACAUUUGAAUUUACACAUUUUUUGAAAAUAGCAAUAUUAACCUUACUUCAGAGGCAGUGUGGUACAGUGAAAACAGUACUGAAGUAGAAGUCAGAGAGUGGCUCUAAUGAUUCUGGCUCUACUGAUCACCAUCUUCCUGGAAGUGAGCAGGUCUUUUGGAAAUUGGGAGUCAUUUCUCAUCUUCACAAAAUGGGAUUAAUAUAUGUUCUGCUGUCCUGACAGGGUUGUUUGAAAGAUCAUUUGCAUUAGCUUUAAUUUCUUUUUACAUAAAAUGGAGAUAACAGUAGUAUCUGGGUUAUUACAAGGAUUUUUGUGAUACACUGCAGAUAAAGAACUUAGUAUAGUGCCUAGCUAGUAGCAGUCAACAUUUUCCCUUAAAGGGACUUCCCUUGUGGUCCAGUGGUUAAGAAUCCACCUUCCAAUGCAGGGGACGUGGGUUCAAUCUCUGAUUGGGGAAUUAAGAUCCCACGUGCUGCGGAGCAACAAAGCCCGCGGGCUCUGGAGCCCGCAUGCCACAACUACUGAGCUCAUGCACUCUAGAGCCCAUGCGCCACAACUGGAGAGGAUCCCGCGUGCUGCACCUAAGACCCGACGCAGCCAAAUAAAUAUUUUUUAAAAAUUAGCAUUCUUAAAAAAACAAAAAAACCUUUCCCUUAAAAUAGCUGCAGUUUAUUGAGCACUUACGUGCCAGUCACUAUCCUAAACACUUAAUGUGUAUUAGAUUUAAUCCUCAAAACAGCCGUGAGAUAGAUCCUAUUAUUCCCAUUUUACAGGUGAAAUUGAGGCUCAGAAAUAUCAAGUCACUUCCUCAAAGUUACAUAGCAAAUGAACCUAGAUUAGAAGCAAGAUUUGGCUUACUCCAAAAUCUGAGCUUUUAACCUCUAUAUUCUAAUACGUGGGUUCACUGUUCAGGGUGGUAUUUGUCUUAAAGAUACCAUACUAAAAAUGUCAAUCAGAUUGUAAAAUCUAAUAGUACUGAUGAAAUGCAGUUUUUAACUAAGCUAUAAAUUCACUAGUCAGGUAUCCCACCAACAUUUGCAGGGUACAAAUUGAGGCCUACAUUCUAUUUCUCUUAAAAGUUAUAAAUAAAGCUACCAAACUAUUAAAAUGUUUUGUUCUCUUGACAAAUAUAUCUUCAUAAUGACCUGGAAGACAAGGUUUGAAUUUAGAAUUCUCUGACUUCAUGGAGUUUCAUGACAAAAUAUGGCAAUGCAGUGAGAGUUGGCCCCUGACCUACAGACUGCCCCCCUUUUCCCACCCCUGGAUUUGUUCAUGCGGACCCUGGUGUAUAUGUAUAUGUGGACUCCCCACCUCACAUUUCUAAGCUCUGUCUAUACACUCCUGGCAUACAGUAUUGGCACAGUUCUGUCAGAGACCUGAGCAAGGCUUGGAGCUAUUUGGGCUAGUUGGUUGUCAGAAGUGUGUCUAGAAAGGGACCAUGUGUCCUGGCUGAGCACAUCACUUUGGCAUCAUGGAUUUUUAACCUGUGGGAAGAGACAUUACCAGAUGCCAGAGUAAAGUCCUAGGUAUGGAUCUAGACAUAAAAUUCUUCCAAAUUUUAUUUCUCUGCCAAGGGUUUAAGUUGAAAGCAAAUGAAUAAAUGAAAGAAAAAGUAUUUGAUAACAUUCAACAUUUAUGACAAAAAAAAAAGGUAACUAGAAUGGAAGGAAGCGUCCUUAAACAAUGUGCAUAUAAAAAAACAACAACUACAAACAGCACAUUUCUUAAUGAUAAUUGAAAAUGUUUCCUUGUAUUUAAAAAAAAGUCUCCAGAAAAAAAUUUUGCAAAAACAAAUGAGGAAACAAAAAAAGAAAACCAAUCAAGCCCCUAGAUAUUACAAUCAGCAGAAUCACAAAGUGAGAAAUUAUACAGGACAAAUGAAAAAUUCUUUUUUGGCUGCGCCGCACAGCGGGAUUUUAGUUGCCUAACCAGGGAUUGAACCCAGACACCAACAGUGAGGCAGUGAAAGUGCUCAACCCUGAAAGGGCAGAGUCCUAACCACUGGACCACCAGGGAAUUCCUGCAAGUGACAGAUUCUUAUCUCUUGUUUGUUUGAAAUUUUCCAUAUUAAAGGUUAAGUUUUAAAAUGAUGAUGUUAAAUAAAAUAGAUUUUAAAAUGUUAGUGUUUGUAUACAGUAAGUCUACACAGAAAAUUCUAGAGGAUUUACAGACAAAAUAUUAGAAUGACAUAAUUCAAUAAGGUUUUUGAAUACAAAAUUGCUCUAUAAAAGUCAAUAGUGUUACUAUACCCCAGCAAUAACUGAAUUAAAAAAAAAAUUUUUUUUAAAGAAAAGGAUGUGUAAAAUGAAACUAUGAAAACUUCCCUCAGUAGAGGGAAGGAUUUCUUAUGCAAUAUACAAAUAGCAGAGAUCAUUAACAAAAUUUGAUAAAUUUGACUAUGUUAAAAUUAAAACCUAGAGGACAAAAACCCCAUAAACAAAGACAAGUGUCAACCUAAGAGAAGGUAUUUGCUAUAUACGUACGGGUUAAAUGAAUAGACUAUCUAAAGGUGUACACAUCAUUGAGAGAAAGAAAAUCCAAUAGGAAAUUUUAUAAAAGAUAAGAAUGGGCAAUUCACAGAAGAGGAAAUAAGGUUUAAUGAACAUGAAAAGAUGCACCACGUCUUUAAUUUACAUUUAAUUUAAAUGUAAAUUAUAGUCACACCCUUCACAGGCAAAAAAUAAAAGUCUGACUACAUCUAGUGUUGGUGAGAAUUCAUCACUGCUAACGAGAGUGUAAAUUGGUAUAAUUUGGCAAAUAGUAGUACUCCUACUGCAUGAACCAGCAUAUAUCUUUUUUUUUUUUUUUUUUUUUUUUGUGGUAUGCGGGCCUCCCUUUGCUGUGGCCUCUCCCGUUGCGGAGCACAGGCUCCGGACGCGCAGGCCCAGCGGCCAUGGCUCACGGGCCCAGCCGCUCCGCGGCAUGUGGGAUCCUCCCAGACCGGGGCGCGAACCCGGUUCCCCUGUAUCGGCAGGCGGACGCGCAACCACUGCGCCACCAGGGAAGCCCCAGCAUAUAUCUUAAAGACAUUCUUGCACAUAUGCACAAGGGUACCCAUAGAAGGAUAUAUUUUAUGUAACAGUAAAAAGUUGAAACAAUCCAAAUGUUCAUCAGUAGGGAAAUGAAAAAACGUCUGUAUUAUGUAUUAAUAAUGUAUAUAUUCAAGGAAAUACCAUAGAACAGUUAAAACACAGAUCAUCAAAAAGUAAUGUUGAAUGAGAAAAGUGACUUGGAGAACAUUAGUGCUAUAAGUUUAUGUAAAUUAAAAUACCCCCAAACAGCACUAAAUGUAUGUAUCUAUACACAUAUUUAAACAUGAUAAAAAUAAAAAAUGGCUUUGAAUGAUUGCCAUAAAAUUUAUAAUGGAAGUUGUCUAUGUGGAGGGAGGGAAAUGAAGCAGAGGAAAAUGCAGACCUCAACUUUAUCUACGAUGUUUAAUUUCUUAUGAAAUA